AUGUUGCUCAUUGGUCUCACAGGUGGUAUUGCGUGCGGGAAGUCCACGAUGGUGACGAUGCUGGAGCAGCAGCAUCAGAUCAUAGUAAUUGACGCGGAUCGUGUGGUGCGAGGGCUGCAGCGCCCUUUCAUGCCGUGUACACGCAAGAUCGCGAGACGGUGGCCGGAGUGUGUAGACCUUCAAACAGGUGAGCUUGACCGGGCCGCUUUGGCUGGCAUCAUCUUUCGUGAUCCACAGGCUCGCCGCGAGCUGGCACGCAUCAUGUAUUUUCCUAUUUUUGCUUCCACCAUAACGUCACUGCUACUGUUUUGGUGGCAGAGCGUGAGACGACGGCUGAGGGGUGAGGGGCCGCUCCUCGUGGUACUUGAUGUACCACUUCUAUACGAGUCCAAAAUAUACACGUUGUUCAUUGACGCUGCGGUUGUUGUGGGAAGCACAGAGGAGCUACAAAUUGCCCGCCUUAUGAAGCGUAACGGGCUUACGAGGGAGGAGGUGUUGCAGCGCAUACGAGCUCAGAUGCCGGUAGAAGAAAAGUGCAGGCGUGCUGAUUACGUUAUCCGAAACAACGGCACAGUGACGGAGUUGGCGUGUUCCGUCAACGACAGUGUAAUUUGGAUGAGGCAACAGUCUGGUUGCAGGAUGGAUCUCAUCGUGUUUGGUAUUGUCGGGGGCGGUAUUGCGUGUCUCGCGGCUGCUGGGCAUCUGCUUUGUCGUUUGCUUUGCUGA